AUGGCCUACGAAAAGCUUCGCAGCUAUGCGGUUAAUGCUAUAGGUGAUAUAAUUCCUUUAGAGAAAGAAAUGAUUUCGGAAAUGGUCACUUACACCCUUUCCUUGCCCGACUAUGAGGUCGAAACUCAUCUUCUAGACUUGCUAGGCCAUAGUGAGGCUAGUUACAAGGUAGUCACCACGUUCCUUCGACUCAAAAAGGAAGAGGAUGAUGCUGCUGUGCAAAGACUUGCCAAUGAAGAGAAGAAGAAAAAGGAAGAAACCGCUGCAAAGGCUGCGGCUACAAAACAAGCCUUAGCCAAUGAAACAAAGGGAAAGCUGACAAAAGCAUGGACAUCAACGCCGACGGCUUCAGUGCAAAAGUCCAAAGCGAGACUACUGGGAAAUAAGGCAUCGACAACGAUUUCUGAGCUUGCAGACUUGAAGCCUUCUAAUAGAAUCACGGGCCAACAGGCCAAAAAGACGAAAAAGAAGAAUCUCGAUAAUCUCAAGGACAUUGAGGCUGCGCUCAAUGAGCUCGAGGUCGAAAACGCAUUGGAACAGUCCAGUUUGGCCGAUUCAAGUACCGUCAGGAGGGUUUGCAACUGUAUGGCAACGAAACAUCCUCUAUUUGAGGUUGCUCCUAAUUGUCUUAACUGUGGUAAGAUCAUAUGUUCAAAAGAAGGGCUCCAGCCGUGUUCUUCCUGUGGAAACGAACUUUUGUCUGAAAAGGAGAGAAUAGAAAUCAUUAAGAUCUUGAGAUCUGAAAAGGAUCUUCUACAGACAAAGCUGUCACAUGUUCAGGAUAAGCAGGUGCAAGCGCAGCCAUCCAAGCUCAAGCCUACGAAGAUCAAAUACGCGAUGACUCCUGGAGGAAACCUUUGGAAGGAUCAAGAGAAGGCAUUGCAAAAAAUGGAGGAAGAAGCGAGAAAAUUGAGAGAAGAGAAAGAACGUCAGGCAGAAGAAGAGAAAGAGAUCGAAGAGCAGAUGCAAGAGUUUGAGCACUACGAAAGAACAAAGGAUAUCAAUCCAGAUCUCUUGAAAGCGCAGGAAAGACUUGAAACCUUGCUCAAUUUCCAGGCCACCGGCGCUGAGCGUACGAGAAUCAUUGACAAUGCGUCGGAUUUUGAGAUGCCCAGUGUUUCCAGUGGAAGCAUGUGGCUUUCUCCGGUAGAACGUGCAUUGCAAUUGAAAAAACAGCAAAAACAGCUUCGAAAGAUAGAGCUGCAAGAGAAGGCUAGAACGGGACGCCAGAAAAAGGUGGUAGAAAUGGUCAUUAAGGAUGGAAAGGUCAAGAUGGUGGAGAAAUUGGUGGCAUCGGACGAUAUUCCUGAAGAAGAGGCAGAGAUUGAAGAGUUGAACGGUCUCAUCAAGCAAGAGAAGUUGGAUCUGGAGUUGGCGUUGGCCAAGAACACGUGGGAUUACACGAAAGAACAGGAUAAGUGGGAGAGACCAGUGUAUAUGGGAGAUAGAGGUUCUAAAAGCAAACUACCCGAACUUCCGACGAUUAGUCGAGUGCAGUUGGGGAUUUCUGAUCCUGAUCAGCUCGUUGCAUCGUUGCCUUCUUGA